GAGCGGAGCGGAGCGGAGCGGAGCUGGAGGCAUGGCCCAGGAGGGAGAGCCCAGCCCUCGGGGCGGGCCAGGCCCGGAAGGGGGCGGCUCCCCAACCGGGCCCCGCCUGGUGGCCGCCUACCCGCUAGUUCGGUUGGCUCCGAAGGCGGCUGCAGCCGCGGGGCGGGGGUAAGAUGGCGACAGCGGUGGUGACCGGGGCUCUGGGCCUGCUGUGGGACUGGAUAUGGAGCGAGCGCUUCUGGCUACCCCAGAACGUGAGCUGGGCCGACCUGGAGGGGCCAGGCGUCAGCAGCUACCCGCGGGCCCGCCACGUACUCUCAGCCUUUCCGCUAGCAGCCGGCAUCUUCUCCUUGCGCCUACUCUUCGAGCGGUUUAUUGCUAAACCAUGUGCAGUUCAUCUUGGCAUCCAGGACAAAGUUCCCCACCAGGCAGAUCCAAAUGCCAUCCUUGAGAAGGUAUAUACAUCCAUCACAAAGUGUCCUGAUGGGAAAAGGCUAGAGGGCCUCUCAAAGCAGCUGGAUUGGGAUAUCCGAAAAAUCCAAGGCUGGUUUCGCCAUCGGAGGAACCAAGACAAGCCCCCAACACUCACUAAAUUCUGUGAGAGCAUGUGGAGGUUCACUUUUUAUUUAUGUAUAUUUGCCUAUGGAAUCCGGUUUCUCUGGUCGUCACCCUGGUUCUGGGACACCCGACAGUGCUGGCACAGAUACCCCUACCAGCCUCUCACACCCGGCCUUUACUACUACUAUAUCAUGGAACUGGCCUUUUACUGGUCUCUUAUGUUUUCUCAGUUUAUAGACAUUAAGCGAAAGGAUUUCCUGAUCAUGUUUGUGCAUCACCUGGCCACCAUUGGGCUCAUCACCUUUUCCUACAUCAACAACAUGGUACGGGUGGGAUCACUGGUCCUGUGUCUUCAUGACUCCUCAGACUUCCUGCUCGAGGCAGCCAAAUUGGCCAACUAUGCCAAGUAUCAGCGGCUUUGUGACACAUUUUUCGUGGUGUUCGGUAUCAUUUUUAUGAUCACCCGCCUGGGCAUCUAUCCAUUCUGGAUCCUGAAUACAACCAUGUUUGAGAGUUGGGAGAUGAUUGGACCUUAUCCCUCCUGGUGGCUCUUCAAUAGCCUUCUCCUAGUCCUACAGGUUCUCCACAUCAUCUGGUCCUAUCUGAUUGCUCGAAUUGCCUGCAAGGCCCUGGUUCGAGGAAAGGUAUCAAAGGAUGACCGCAGUGACGUGGAAAGCAGCUCCGAAGACGAAGACGUGCCCGCUGGCAACAAGAAGUAUCUGUAUGAAGGCAGUUCCAGCAACGGGGCCAACCAAGUCAACGGUCACCUGAGAAACCAUUGCCGGGCUCAAGAGUAGGGCAGGCUGGCACGCUGGCCCAAGGACACGUGAACUUUCAGGGCCCCGGGCAGCCUGCUCCCCGUGCCCCGUCUGCCACACGGACCCCCCAGGCAUUGAGGAGAAAUCAUGAAGCAAACAUUUUCACUUUUUAAAAAACUCUGCCGUUUUGUAUUUAAUACCUUCCUCGUCUGUAAUGUGAUUGGCCGUGUGUGUGUGCGUGCGUGCGUGCUUCUGUGUGUGUACAUACAUCGUGUGUGGUUGGGGGGUUGGGCACAAUUCUGGACUGGACUUCUGAGCUCUGCCUUGCCCCUCCGCCCCAACGUCAAGUCUGGCUGCGUCUUAGAUCACGGUGACUCGGCCUGGACGAGCACUCCCCCUUCAUUGUCGCUUAGGGCUCCGGCCCCUUGGACUUUCUGAUGGAGCAGCCAAGCUCAGCCCCUUUUCUGCACUGAAGCCAGCGGGCUGAUGACCGUUCUGUGGGGACAGAAGAACUCUCGAUGGAUGGCCAGGCUGUGCCGGGGCCCUUGGCUGGACUCUGGUCUGCCGGCCUCCUCCUUCCCCCUCCCCGGCAGCAACAGCGCCUGCUGAGAUCCUGCUCGGUAUUCAAUGGUACUUGGGGGUGGGCUGAUGCUGGGGGAGGGCAGCUGUUACCGUUUUGUAUCAUUGUUUACUCUUCUGUGAUUAAACGUGCUUCAGCCCUC